AUGAACGAUACGCAACUUCACACACUUUAUGUCUUCCUGCCUGACUGCCUGCCUGCUUGCAUGCCUGCCACCCCGCCCGCCCGACAGAUCGCCCACCCGAACGACCGACCGCCCGCACGCCAUCCAAUGUUCGGAGUGUCCGUGUGUCCGUUUUCCGUGCAUGCCCGUGUUUGGACGGCUUUUAUUUAUGGUCUUGCAGACAAGCUUGCUCAGAUAAGUGUCAAGAUGUGUGUGAUAAAACGAGUGGUGUGUGCCGGUGUCAACCCGGAUUCUACACAACUUCGUGUAACCAAAACUGCUGGAGUCAAUGUGCUGAAUGUACCAACUGAACGUCAUGCUCUUUGUGUCGGUCAGCAAUGCACUGUUUGCCGUAGCUGUUUCUAUGGUGAGCUAUGUCGCUUAACAUGUAGCACAAACUGUUCUUCAGACGGUUGCGACCUUAUUACUGGUACUUGCUUAUCAUGCAACACAUUAGGUUGGUAUGGCCCAACGUGCAAUGAAACAUGUAGUGCCACCUGUCUCAAUAACGUGUGUGACCACAACACUGGGGAAUGUAAAAAUGCGUGUUCGAUACACUGCGCAAGGAUCGGAGAAGGUCAGACAUGCUUGAGGAAUGGAACAUGUACCAACGGAUGUGUGCAGAAUUAUUUCGGUUCCACGUGCGAAACUGGAACCUCUUUUGAGAACAAGGAUGGAUCUCCGAUUUCAGUCAUCGCAGGCUCAGUAGGCGGAGUGGUGGUGGUUCUUAUUGUCAUCGGUGUGGCCAUAUUAAUCUUGAGAAAGAGAACGAGAAGACAACCCACAGAUGCGAAUGAAUAUUAUAAUAUGCCGCCUUUCGGAAGUGGUAAACACGAUACGAAUCCCAACAAACCACAAACAGAUGCUGAGUCAAACUACACAACUUUGGGUAACAACCAGGAAGAAAACCAUAUGUAUUCCAGCCUCAACAGAAGCCAAACGUGAAUAUUGGUUUACCAAUAUCGAUACCUGUAAAUUUAAAGUGACCGCCACAUCGUGAAACUGACACAGUUAGCAGUUACUUUUCGAAACCACUUUCCUUAUAAGACAGUGGUAUGUAUGGCCUUCCCAAAACUGAAAGACUGCGCAGACAAUUGACGUCAAUGUAUUGUUUAACAGGCCCUCUGAUGGUCUGAUCUUUGCGAGAAGUACGUCUGUGAAUCCUAAACUAGCAUUUCCUUCUUGUUUCUUAUCUAUUCGGACACUUCUUACUUCCAAAUUGAUUGUAUUUGAAG